GGCCGCCGCAAGACGCUCCUUCCCUCCCGCCUCCAUGGCUUCCUCUGACGACCGACAGUCUCUCCUCGAUGUGCCGAAACGUCUUGCACGAUGGGCCUGGCGGAAGUACAAGCACUUGAAUAUCUGGAGCAAGUUGUUCCUAUGGCUGCUUAUGUUAUUCUAUGCUGCGAUAAUCGCGACCUUCAUCAUCCUCAAACCGAGCCGCAUCGCGCAGUGGUUCUAUGACCGCGGCACCGACCUCGCGCAGCUCCGCCUCGGAUGGCUGGCCAUCGGAGCGCUCAUGGUUGCUGUCUCCUUCCCCCCACUCAUCGGGCACACGACGAUCACCACGCUCUGCGGCUUCGCCUAUGGCAUGAAGGGCUUCUUCAUCUCGGCGGUCGGAUCGCUGGUGGGCUCUGCACUCGUCUUCGUCGCACUGCGCUUGCUGUUCAGUCGCCGGUUGAAGGCGUGGGCAUCGCAGAAUGAGAAGUGGCAGGCGCUGGAGUCGGUUGUGCGCGCCAAGGGCCUCCCGCUCAUCGUUCUCAUCCGUGUUUCGCCCUUCCCGCCUUGGGUGUACUCGAAUACCUUGUUCGCUUCCAUAGAACCCGUUAAGCUGUGGCAGUUCCUGUUCGCCACCAUCUUCGUCUUCCCCAAGCUGCUCCUGCACACCUUCAUCGGUUCACGCAUGGCAGCUCUCGCAGACGGGGACCAGCGUAGCCACAUGGAUCCUCAAACCAAAGCCAUCAACGCCGCGCUCAUCGCCGGCGGCAUCAUCCUCGCCGCCCUCGCCUCCUACGCCGUGUACACGGCCGUCACCGGGCACAUCCGGCAUUUGGAUGGUCUGCCGGCGGACGUUGACGAGCGCGCGGCGCGUGCGAUUGAGGACUUCGAUGAGGAGGCGCCGUUAUUGUCGCCCAAGUCUUUUGAUGGGGAUAGGCCGAUAUUUUUGAGGGAUGAGGAGGAGGAAGGGGAGGAGCGUUAGGAGAAUUGACAGAAGAGUGGUGGACAUGAUUGAGGGACCGGACGGGUACAAUCGCAAUUCCUUGCGACGAGAUGGCGAGAGGAGGAAGUUCGCUUGUCCAGUCGAGAACUGGUAAUGGGGCCCUGCGGUAAGUAUAGUAUACGGUUCUGUACACUAGCAGAUAGAUCCUUCCCAUAUACACGCAUAAUAUAGCUACUAGUCUGUCGGA